GUUGUUCGCAACCACCUCCAACCAUCCUACAACCCCGAAACACGUUCGACGGCCAUUUGCAUGCGCCUCCCUUCUCCCUCCACUCCUGCUAUCUCUUGGAAAUCUACACAACAUUGCCCUUUAUGCAAUUCCAUAGACAGUAGGAGUUGUCCUGUCUGAUUCGUCUCCGUGGCCUUUACACCGUCACCUUUUUGUUCCGGGUUAAUUGGGUGUCGCAAUUCGUUCAUUCAACCUCUGCCAAUUGACAGUCUAAAGCGAACCCAGCCGAACCUCCUCUUAACAUUUGAUACUCGACAUACCGGUUACCCUCCAUCACUUUUGAGUAACUUUCUAAAACCACUAUGGCCUCCUCUGACUCUUCCGCGCAAAUUGGUGUGAAUGGCAAAAGCGACAAGCAAGCAACACUGUCUGCAGCUCAAAAGCUAAUGCAGAAGCACCAUGACGAAGUGCAUAAGGCCACCAUCGAGGAAGUUCCAGACGAGGAGGACUUGAGGCACACGCCCGAACCAAUAUCGGCCAGCGUUCUAGAGUCCACUGAAGAAGCCGCACCGCCGUCACAAUGGGGUUCCACAAUGACAGCAAAGGCUGCCGGAAAGCAGAAAGAAGCUGCCCCUGCCAAAGAGAAGAUCCCCGUUUUGGACACACAAUCUAACGAAUUGUUUCCUGGCUUAGGAGCCCCAAAGUCUGUCCAACCUGCGCAGUCCAGGCCUAGCUGGGUCGCGAAACCUUCACCAGUUGCCCCAAAGGCAACCAAUGGAGGAGCAAACGGCAUCUCAACCAAUGGGUCUUCUACCCCUAAAUCUGGCAUGGACACACCCCCCUCAGCUGCAAGCUACUCAGCACCAAAAGGUGCUUCAAUGUCGUUAGCUGGCAAUCAAGGGCCUCCGAUUAUGGUGCUACAAAAGCAUGAGGUUUUACCACGCAACCAGUUGAAGAAGCCCCUGGCAGAGAUCGUCAAGGAUGUCAACAAGAAGUACAGAACGAACAUGACCGUCUCAGCCGGAGAGGGUGGAAUUUUGGAGUUCCGGGAAACUAUACCACCGAAAGACGCCGUUAGAAACCAAGCUCUCAGAGACUUGGGAGUACAAAUCGGCGCAAAGGCUUCUAGUCAAGUCCCGAUUCCCCGUUCUGCGAGAGCGCAUAUCAUUGGCAAACAAGGUUCGACCAUCAAAUCAUUGCAAGAGGCAACCGGAGCUCGAAUUCAGCUGCCGAAGACGGAUGAUGGCCCAGCCCCGGUAGAUGAGGACGAUGACAUGGUCAAUGUGGUCCUUGAAGGCAACCCUGUUGCAAUUGCGAUGGCAAGAAGAGAGAUUGACAAGAUCGCCAACGAACGCACCGGACCUGUGACUGCCAAGCUUCGGGCUGUUCCUGCCGAGUUCUACCCUUUCAUUGCCGGACGUCAUAACGAGAGAGUCAAUGCAUUGGAAGAGGCCCACGGGGUCCAGGUUCGAGUUCCUCCUUACCACACGUGGAAUGCUCAAGCUCCCCCACAACAGCCCCUGGCAGGUCACAGCCCUGCUUUUCUUCCAGCUGCUGAGGACAACCACAUCUCUGUUGCAGGUGACCGAGCAGCCGUCCAAGCAGCUCGCGCGGAAAUCGAACGCUUCGCUCAAGAAUUACGGCAACAAUUGGCACUUCGACAACUCUCUGUGGAUAGAGCCCAACAUCAAUAUGUUAUUGGUGAUCGGGGCAUAACUCCCCAAGAUUUCUUCGCCAAUACUGGCUGCGCUAUUGUUCUCCCCGGCCCUGAUGAGGAGGAAACCAUUACUUUCAUCGGUCCCGCUGAAGCUCUUGAAGCAGCUGAGAACCGUGCACUAGAGCUUGCAACAAGCAUGCAGCAAGGCACAGUCAAUAUUGCCCGACAAGGAAACCGCGAGCAUGCUCGAAACGUUACUCAAUACCUUCGUGAUCGGAAGGAGCUUGAGAGACUGGAGAAGCUCCACCAGUUCCAUAUCGCAACAACGCAGCGAGAAGAUACAUGGAACAUUUUCUUCCGAGAUGGCAAGAACGCUAUCAGGGCACGAACUGAGAUCAACAGCAUUAUCGAUGCCCACCCUCCAACUCGAGUUUCGAUAGUCGAGGUUGACCCAUUCUUCCAUGCUCACAUCCGGAAGGAGAUUUCACCCAAGGUCAAGAAGGCUUAUGGUGUCCAUCUUGUAAUACCUGAAACGACCGAUUCAGAGAUGCCGGUUAUCCUUGUGUUCGAGGGUGAGAGUGGACUGGAACCCGAAUACCAAGUUCCACGGGGUCAACCCAGCCCCUCCGAAAUCGCAGCCUUCCAGCAGGGUUUGCAAGACGCUAGAGCCCAUAUCAUUGGGAUUCUCAGCAAACAGGCUCAAAUCAUCAGUGCCUCCAUCGAUGUGCCUCAAAUUUUCCACGAAAAGCUAAGAAAGUUUAUCUACAAGGAGCAACAAGCUCGCUCUGCUGAUCAAAUUCCGGUCCGUGUGACGAGUGCAGGUACGGUCGUUACUCUUCGUGGCCCAGCUCCUGCUGUUGAAUCCUUGGCUGCAAAGGUUGUAGCCUUUGUUGAACAAGCAAAGGAGGACGAGAAGGAGCGCGGCUUUACGUUGUCAUUUGACUUCCCCCAAAAGCAUGCCAACCAACUUAUUGGCAAGGGAGGAAGCAACGUCAGAGACCUCCGAGAUAGAUUUGAUGUUGAGAUCAACGUCAAUGACGGCACCGUGGAAUUAAAAGGUCCUAAGGCGAAAGCAGAGGCUGCCAAGAACCAUAUCACCUCUCUCGGGAAGCAAUGGGCUGACGAAGCAACCUACGUUCUGAAGGUUGAUCCAAAGUACCACCGUGAGCUUAUUGGUGCUCAAGGUGCUCAAAUCAACAAGCUCCAAACGCGAUACAAGGUCCAGAUCCAUUUCCCUCGAUCAGCGAGACAGGCCAGAGAUGAUCAGUCGAAUACCGAUGCUGCGAGCGAGGCUGGUCGUAGAGCCCCGCGUCGUGAGCAGGAGCCUGACGAGGUCAUCGUUAAAGGCCCCAAGAAGGGGGCUGAUGAGGCACGAGACGAGAUUCUGUCUCUUCUCCAAUACUACAAGGACAACUCCUACACUGCCGCCGUUGCUGUUCAAGCAGGCCAAAUACCAUCGUUGAUUGGAAAGAGUGGAAGCGGUAUGGACGAGAUUCGACAGGUGACCGGCGCCAGAAUCGAUAUUCCAAACGCCAGAGACGCCAAGGACCCUUCUGCCCGGGUUGAGAUUCAGAUCAAGGGCACAAAGGCUCAAGUCGCUCAGGCCAAAAAGAUGAUCGAGGAAAAGAGAGACGUCUUCGAUCAGACAGUUACAAAGACCCUGGAGGUGGACAAGAAACACCACAGGGCAUUAAUUGGUGCAGGAGGUUCUGCACUUCGCGAAAUUGUCGUCCAGGCCGGCGGAUCUGACGAUCGACGUGAACUUGCCAGAACAAUUCAAUUUCCCAAGGCUGAAGCUGAUGGCAAUGCUAUCAAGAUUGAAGGCAAGGCAGAUGUCGUCGAUAAGAUCAUCGCUAGAAUAAAUCAAAUCGUUCUCGAGAGGGAGAGUCAAACCACUGAAACCAUCGAUGUCCCAACUGACAAGCAUCGAUCACUCAUUGGUCGGGGGGGAGAGACAAAGAAAGAACUUGAGUCCAGGUUCAAGGUCUCCAUUGACAUUCCCAGACAAGGCAACGGCCAGACUGGCGUCAAGAUUGUUGGUCUGCCAUCGGAUGUUGAGAAGGCUAAGAAUCACAUUCUUGACCUUGUUAAGGACCAAGAAGGCGAGACAAUUCAAGUACCCAGAAAGGUCCAUCAUACCGUUGCCGACAACGGCCAGUUCUUCCGCAGACUCCGCAAUGAUCAUCAAGUCACAGUUGAUCACGCCGGAAACAAAGUGCCUCCCAAGCCUGUGGCACCGACUCCUCGAUCCAACGGCGGUCCCCUCCCUUUGAUCACCGACGAUGAAGAUGAUGCAGCUGAUGCAUUCACAUUCAAUAUCAUCGACCUAUCCGAGUCCAACCUGGAAGGAGAGAUCCCUUGGGUUCUUCGCGGUCCUCCUGACAACCUCGCCAAAGCCAGAGCCCAACUCGCCGCAGCCAUCGAACAAGCUCUCAAGAACACCACGACCGGAUAUCUGGUCCUCCCCGAUCCUCGCACUUACCGCUAUGUCAUCGGGCAAGGCGGCAGCAAGGUUAACAGCAUCCGGAAGGCCACUGGCUGCAAGAUCACCGUUCCUCGUGACCAAGCAGCAGGCGAAGCCAUCGAGAUUGUCGGCAGCACUGAGGGGGUCGAGAAAGCCAAGGACUUGAUUUUAAAGGCUGUCAAGGACGGAAGUGCCAACGCGAAUGGUGGUGAGCGCUCGUUCAGUGGCGGCAAGGGCGCCAUUGGCAGCAAUGGCAACGGAAACUGGGACUAGAGCGUGUUGAGGAUAGAUAUCAGUGAUUUACAGUGGUGAUAUACAGAGCGUUGGAGACGUGCCGCGUGCUGGGGGUUUUUUCUUCUUCUUUUGCUGGUGUGAGCGAGCGGGAGAGCAGUCGUCAUGCAUUUGCGAGGUUUCGUGGUUGUCGGUUGUAUCAAAAAGAAUCCAAGCGUUUUCGAGCAGACAAUGGAUGUCUUUCGAUGGUCUGCAGACAGACAGGCAGACGGUUUCAUCACGCUUUGUGCAUUAGGUUCUUCGUUGCUACACACGUUUUGUAGCUUUUCUUCUAGGCAAGCAGCAAAAAAUCAGAGUUUCUGGGUUACUGAAUACAAACUUUAGUUUUUGCAUAAGCGUGAGCGUGAGAGUGUGAGGGGUGUGGCAAAUUAUUCCUCUUGUUUUCGCGAUUUGCAUUACGUGCUGGCUAGAUUACAGAUGUGAG